UCUGGAGGGUUCAGCUCUCAACUGUAGCGUCGCAUCAAUUGAUGUAAAUACUGACAUAACAUUUUUAUUUAUUAUGCAACUUCAUUAAACUUCCCCACCGUGCUUUCUCAGACCGCCUCAGGCAGACGUCCGUACAGCGGAUAAAAGGUAUGGGCACCCAUGCAACACAGCAGAGAGCGCCCCUGUCUGCAGCGGGCAGCUAGCCAUGCCCUGUUAGGUGUUUUCUCCAUCUGAACCUGAACCUUGGACAUCACCUCCAGGACUCCAGACUCACCUCCAGACUCCUUUUGGGAAACAUGGAGGAAAAGCGGCCGCACUCCUUCCACAUGACAUGCCACGUGCAACGUGACUAUGGCAGCAGGCUGGGGAGCUCCUUCAUACGUUGCAGCCCUAACGGAUACGCCAGCACGAACCUCAGCCUGGACCAGGACAUGGAUGCUGAUCCUGCAGAAGCCUCAAGCUGCACGACAGCUCCUUCUUUUGCCCUGCGGGCUCCUGAGCCUGAAAGAAGCCACUACUCUCCUGUUGCACUGGAACUGGACCCCACAUUGGUGAAUAAUGGACCAGGCAUUCCCUGCCGUCCACCAGCGGAGGACACAAAGGACCCUGCACUUGGGACAACAAACAGCCGACCCUCUAUCACCACUAUCCAACAGCCUCUCCCUCUUUCGAGCUGGUUGCAUCAUCACCAGAAGGAGUUCCAGAGCCCUUACAUCAAGACUAGCAUGCAGGGGGAUGUUUACAACUUCCUAGAGAGGCCUGCUGGAUUGAAAUGCUUCCUUUACCACUUCCUGGUCUUCGUCAUGGUCCUGGUGUGUCUGAUCUUCAGUGUGUUGUCCACGAUAGAGCAAUAUGCAGACUUCGCCACAGGAACCCUCUUCUGGAUGGAGAUCGUGCUGGUGCUGUUCUUUGGCACGGAGUACGUGGUUCGGCUGUGGUCGGCUGGCUGCCGCAGCAAAUAUUCCGGCAUCAAAGGACGCCUCAGCUUUAUCAGGAAGCCCAUAUCAAUCAUAGAUUUGAUUGUGGUCAUUGCCUCCAUUAUUGUGCUCGGUGUGGGGUCCAACGGACAAGUUUUUGCCACAUCUGCCAUCAGGGGCAUCCGUUUCCUCCAAAUCCUGCGCAUGCUGCAUGUUGAUCGACAGGGAGGAACAUGGAGGCUUCUGGGUUCUGUAGUUUUUAUCCAUCGACAGGAGCUGAUCACCACCUUGUACAUCGGCUUCCUGGGCCUGAUCUUCUCCUCCUACUUUGUCUACCUGGCUGAGAAAGAUGCCGUGGAUGAGGAGGGCAAGACCGGCUUCUCCAGCUACGCCGAUGCCCUGUGGUGGGGCGUGGUGACUGUCACCACCAUUGGCUACGGAGACAAAAUCCCUCAGACGUGGAUAGGAAAAGCCAUCGCCUCCUGCUUCAGUGUCUUCGCUAUCUCCUUCUUCGCUCUGCCUGCUGGUAUCCUGGGCUCAGGCUUUGCUCUGAAAGUCCAACAGAAGCAGAGACAGAAGCACUUCAACAGACAGAUCCCUGCAGCAGCCUGCCUCAUACAGACACUCUGGAGGUGCUACUCAGCAGAGAAACCAAACGGCUGUGCUGCGACAUGGAAGAUGUACGUUCUCACUCCAGAGGCCGUCACACAGGUGGAACCUGAAUCCAGCCCUUACGUCAGGAAACUCAACUUAUCGAAAAAAGGGACCAAGAGGAGGUUGAAGUCCAGAGGAAACGGCUCUAUCAUGGUGGCAUCAGAGCAGACUGUCUCCAUCCCACAGAUCACCUACGAUCACAUCAACGACUCUGACGAGAAGAAAGACGCCUCGUAUUUCCUGGAACAGCCUGGAGGACCAGUUGAAGGAAUUACCAGAAUGUUCAGACAAACAGGCCCUCCUCAGCAUUCUUGGUCAUCUUUCACUCUGAGCUGCCCUGGAUCUCCAGUCAGGAAGAAUCUUGAUCACAGCACCUCCAUCAGCUUCUCCCGCGCUAACAGCAUAACAGAUGAGCUGGACUACAUGAGCGAGGACAUGCCCCAGCCCGUGCUGAACGCCAAAACCCAGUUGUCCCAUGCCCAGAGAUCAGCUGUGAAAGUCCUCCGCAGAAUGCAGUACUUUGUGGCCAGGAAGAGAUUUCAGCAAGCGCGGAAGCCGUAUGAUGUGCGAGACGUGAUCGAGCAGUAUUCCCAGGGUCACCUCAACAUGAUGGUCCGCAUCAAGGAGCUGCAGAGGAGGCUGGACGGCACGCUGGGGAAGCCAGGAAUGUUUCUUCCAGGAAAAGGGGAAGAUAAAGAAUACCCAACCAUCGGUGCACGGCUGAUCAGGCUUGAAGAUAAGAUCCAUCAGAUGGACCAGAAAAUGGACUCGGUGCUGCAGAUCCUGAUGGAGCAGUUUCAUCCCAAACCGGAGAUGAUGACCAGACCGUCCUUCCGCAGGGUGACCAUCCAGAAACAAAUGGGAGUCAGCAUGGACGAGGGGCUCUGAUGGUGCUGCGUACACUGUAUGAUUACAUAGGGGUAUAAUGAUGUCAUCAUCACCGAAGGAGCGUUAAAGGAGAAGGAGUUCACAUUAAUUAGCUAGCAGCCUACUCGGGAGCCAGCUUGCACAUAAAAAAGGGGAUUCAGUCUUCCAAAACAACUUCCUUCUAUUCCUUUUGCAUUUGUCACUGAGAUUGAUCCCUGUGAAGAGAUCAACAUAGCUCUGGGACAUGAUGACAUUGAGAAGUGAGAUUCCUGCUGAAGUAAAAAAAAAAAAAAAAAAAAAAAAAGGCUGACUACUCUGAUGAUAGUUGGCCUUGUUUUGGACUUUUUAAGCCGUCUAAAUGUUGCUCUAUUUCUGCACUCCGAUUGUUGGCUCUCAGUCUUUCCCUCCAGCAGAGUAACCCAAGCUGCAGCACGCUCCACAAAUGUAUCCCACUAUACAUUAACCCCUCAUAAUCACACCACUACCAUAAUGUUAAUUUAUGUGUGGCCUGUCACUGAGCUGCAUUCCUCCACUCCAAAUAUUAUUCCAAAGCUAACUAACCCAGUAAUGAAGUCGUAAUGCAAUCAAAGCAAUCAAGCUCCCCUAAGACACAGAGAAAAAUAUGAGAGGCCAGCCAUGGCAGAGGCAUUCCUCGAAUCCUUCUGAUUAUCUUGGCACCAUCCACACCCAGUACACAACAGGGUUAUUUCCAUAGCCACACAUCCAUCCAGCCUAACUGAACUUAGGCUGCGGCGGGUGUUUGUUAGUAGUGAUCGAAUAACACGAGGAGGGAAGGGCAGAUUAUCUGUUGAUUUUGCUCUGCAUUAGGCACCGGAAGGCUGGAGUGAAAGAAAUAGGAGGCAGAGAAAUGGGUUUUUAGUUAACGUGAUUCUGAUUUAUAUCUAUGUUGAAGCUAAUAAUGGUAGCACAAACUACUUUCACAAGGCUGCUAUGUUACAUAAGCAUAGGCCUAAGUUAUGGCAUGGUCUCUAAGCAGGCCCCAAGAUUUCAUGCACACGUUGAUCUUAAACAUUUUUGCACCACCAGCAGGACGCUGCUUAAGAGCUCCCAUUUCCCUCUUCAGUGGAGCUCUCACUUCUGUGUGCAAUUUGAAAUCAUUUUUGCCCCAUUAAAAGUCUGAUUGUUUUCUCUCUCUCUCUCUCUCUCUCUCUGAAGCAAAUUAAGUGCUGAAUUCCUGGUAAGGGGGAAUUACUCACCGUGCAUGACUAAUGAAAUGAAACACUGGAAAAUGUGCAUAAACUUCAACAGGAGGGGGCAAUCGCAGUAAUUCUGUGUGAAAGGUCUUUGAUAGCAUCUGGGCUACCGUUGAGAGCGCACGUUUGAAAUCAACAGUGAGACAAUGCUCUCACUUUGUUCCCAUUCAGACAGGACGCUCAGGCAUGUAGGAUGUAGAAAAUAGAAAAUAACUCCGCUGUGUAGCAACUGUAUGAAAGGCUUCCCAUAAUUAUAGCAUGCACAUUCCUGAAAAGACGGAUGCACACACAAACACACACACACACACACACACACACAAACGAGGGGUGAAAAAGGGAAGGGGAAAGAAGAGAGGCUUUCUCCCUGCACUAUACAUUUCAUAUUUUUGCUGUGGUUUAAAAAUAGCUCGUAUUUAUCUUAAAUUAACUAAAGUGUUUGUAUUUUAUUUUGAAAGGCACUUGAUAUAUGUAUCUGCCUGUCCGUUCUCCUGUACAGUUUUAUAAGAGUUGUAAAUAGAAACAUUGCCUUAUUGGACUGUAUUUAUUUUUCAUGUGGAAAGAUCAACCUGGGACAUGUCUGAUUGUUGGAGUGAGGGGAGGCUCCUGUUGGACAGAUGGAUGGAAAUGAUUGUAAAUGAUAUUCAUGCACAACCUCUGCACUGUAGCUCUGCUGUAAAUAAUAAAACUCCAUUUCAUUA